CACCCAGUCAAGAUCAGACGAACUGCGAGUGAUCGAUGUUCCCCGAGCAAUCCUGACUGCUGGGAGAGCUGCAGUGCUGGGACCAGGCGGAACAGGUUGUCGCCAGCCCCGGGUCACCAGUGACACCGUCCAAACGUUAGAGAGUGUGGAGAUUCCUGAGUGGAUGGCCCUCCCAGGCUUCUUCACCCCAGCUGGCAGUUUCCUGUCUCCAUGCGGCUCUGUCAUCCCCAGGAGCCUCAGAGUCCUUUAGUUGCAGCCACUGGGUGCUGAUCUGACUGAACUGGCCUGGGCCACAUGGCAGAAGGUACCGACGGCCCCGGAGAUGCCCUCUGGGAGGCCCUCGUGGCACUCCUGCCGCCCUCAAAGGAGGACCUGAAGCUGGACCUCGGUGAGAAGGUGGACAGAGGUGUGGCACUGCUGCUGCAGCAGGCGGUAGAGCUGUUCCACGGGGGCCAGCAAGGCGAGUGUCUGCAGGCCAGUGAGGCCGCCCUGGACUACGCCUGGGAAAAGCUCAACACCGGGCCGUGGCAGGACGUGGACAAGGCCUGGCGACAGGUGUACGCGUUCAGCUGCCUCCUGAAGACCCUGUGCCUGUGCCGGCCACCUCGGGAAGCCACGGCUGUGGCCGCAGCCCUGCGAGUGUGUGACAUGGGCCUGCUGAUGGGUGCGGCCAUUCUUGGGGACAUCCUCAUCAGAGUCGUGGCUGUCCUCCAGGCACAUUUGGUAUCUGGAAAGAGGCCUAACUGCAGUCCUAGCCAGCAGCUGUCCAGCCAGGAACUGUCCAGCAUGAAGAAAGCAAAGCGUGACCACGUUUUGGCUCCAGAUGUGAGUUUGGAAAGAGCAGUUCCCCGGCUCCGCUGCCCCUCCCUCCAGCACUUCCAAAAGUACUUUCUGGCUCCAGGGAUGCCCGUGAUCUUGGAAGGCGUGGCUGACCACUGGCCGUGUAUGAAGAAGUGGAGCUUGGACUAUAUCCAGGAGAUGGCUGGCUGCCGCACUGUCCCUGUGGAGGUCGGUUCCAGGUACACAGAUGAGGACUGGUCCCAGACCCUUAUGACUGUCAAUGAGUUUAUCAGCAAGUACAUCACCAAUGAGGCAAGGGACAUCGGGUACCUGGCUCAGCACCAGCUCUUUGACCAGAUCCCGGAGCUGAAGCGGGACAUUGGCAUCCCCGACUACUGCUGCCUGGGCAGCGGAGAGGAGGAAGAGAUCACCAUCAAUGCCUGGUUUGGUCCCCCAGGAACCGUGUCCCCACUCCACCAGGAUCCCCAGCAGAAUUUCCUGGCCCAGGUGAUCGGGAGGAAGUACAUCCGGCUGUACUCCCCACAGGACUCGGAGGCUUUGUAUCCGCAUGAAACACACCUUCUUCAUAACACAAGCCAGGUUGAUGUGGAGAACCCCAACCUGGAGAAGUUCCCCAAAUUUGCCGAGGCCCCCUUCCUGUCAUGCAUCCUGGCUCCUGGAGAGAUCCUGUUCAUCCCAGUUAAAUAUUGGCAUUACGUGCGGGCUCUGGAUUUGAGCUUCUCAGUUAGCUUCUGGUGGUCAUAGCUGCGUGACAGUGGGGAGGGCCUGAAACACACAGCAGUUCACUCCGCUGUGCUCUGGCCACAGUCAGUGAUUUAGAGAUAAGCGCUCUAAAUCACACCUAAGUGGUGGCCAGGACACACAAGCCUCACAGCCCAGGGUAGUCCAGGUAGGGGGUGCAUGCAGGAAAUGCAUGCUGCAGGCCAGGGGUGUGUGGCCGAGCAAAGCACACAGGAAUGACCCAGGACACUCCAGGCACACAGCCCACCCCAGAGACUCAAUGCCCAGAAGCUGAGGAGUGGGAAGCAGCUGGAAAGUGCAGGCACUUAGUGCAUCCACUGGGUUCCACCUGUCUUGUUGCUGACUGCCGUGGCUUGUGGGCCCAGGCCCCUCCCUGCAGUGUCCGUGUCUCAUCUGGAAGCAAGGGCAGUGCUGGUCCCUACCAGACAGCCCAGGGGAUGUGUGUGUGUGAGCAGCACAGCUGUUGUCACCCAGCUCAGUUACAAAGAACGUUGCAUACUUUCAUCACUGGCCCAGGGCACCACUCAGCCUGCAAACUCAGGAGAGGAGGGUCCUUAUCACCUGCCGGGCCGAGGGAGAUUCCUGUUCUCAUUACACAGAAGCACAAGCCACCUCUGAGAUGCACAGAGAUCUAGCCUGAGAGGUUUUCCAAUGGGCACCCUCACCCAGCAGCUGGUUUGUGUCCAGGAGGGAGUGCCUGGUGUCCAGGGGAGGCCCAAGCCUCAGGCUGUGUGGAAAUACUGGUUCUGUUUGUUUAACCUUUUCAGACUUCCUGGCCUCUGCAUGAAGACAGGCAGUCCAUGCACCAUUGGCCAGAAACAUCCGUUUCUCCCACACCUGCUGGGAGAUAUUUCUCAGUAGUGUCUGGGUUUUGACAGCAUUGGUGCAUACCAAGUGACUAUGUAAAGAGGAAUUCAUUCCAAACCACUCACAAAAGGAGAAAUUAAAGGCAAAACCCCAAAAAAUUACUUUAUGGAAAUUUUAUUCUUUUUAAAAGCUUCGUAUAAAUAUGAUAAAAUGUUAAAUCAUUUUCAGUUCUUGAGAGCAAUACAUGGGUGUUUUUUUUAAAAAUCAGUUUACUAGGACUCAGAUAUGCAAAUUAAAGAUGCCAACUAAUCAGCGUAGAUGUUUCCUGCUGUCAGGCUGUGUUGGGCAGGGGGCUCCUGCUGGUCGGAGUGCAGCCAGGCACAAGAUCUACAGAGAAACCAAAACCCUGAAACCCUCAGACUCCUAGGGUGCCGCUCCCACUGCUGGAAAUGCAUCCUCAGGACCUGGGAGCCUGCUCGGGGCUGUGCAGAGGGAUUACUGCAUCCUGGUGUUACCUGUAACAGCACGAGGCUGGGGACGCUUGCCCUGCUGGUAAGCAGUAGCUCUGCAGUGCAGUGGGGUGGAAUAAAGCUACUAAACAAUUA